UUGCAGCUCGGGCACCGUACCCAUCAUGAAUGACACAGUAACCAUCCGGACCAGGAAGUUCAUGACAAACCGUCUGCUUCAGAGGAAACAGAUGGUCACUGAUGUCCUUCACCCUGGGAAGGCAACAGUACCAAAGACAGAAAUUCGGGAAAAGCUAGCCAAAAUGUACAAAACCACGCCAGAUGUCAUCUUUGUGUUCGGAUUUAGAACCCACUUUGGUGGUGGCCAAACGACUGGCUUCGGCAUGAUCUAUGAUUCUCUAGAUUAUGCAAAGAAGAAUGAGCCCAAACACAGACUUGUAAGACAUGGCCUUUAUGAGAAGAAAAAGAUGUCCCGAAAACAACGAAAGGAAUGCAAGAACAGAAUGAAGAAAGUCAGGGGAACUGCAAAGGCCAACGUUGGUGCUGGCAAAAAGCCAAAGGAGUAGAUCUGCGGUGACUUGAUUUGCUGUGGUGUGCAGAUUUCUGAGAGGACAAAUAAACUAAACAUUUAUGUAAAAAAA